AUGAAGCCAAUAUAUCUCACCUACCUGAAUGGGCCAGAUGUCGCAGCAUUGGAAAUGACCAAUGGCGAGAUUCUCAAAGCCAUUGAAGACGCCUUGGACGCACAAGGGCGGGGCAAGACGGUCAUCGAGCCUCGAGUACACCUCGUACCACACGACUCAGCCAAAGGCCACUUCAACGUGCUACGAGGGGUGGUCAACCCCUUGAACGCCGCCGGUGUCAAGAUUGUCGGCGAUUUCGUCAACAACUACAAGCUGGGAUUCCCCUCUGAAUUCGCUAUUCUUAAUCUCUUCGACCCUGACACCGGCGUUCCCUUGGCCAUCAUCGAUGCCACCACCAUCACGGACAUGCGCACAGGUGCCAUGACGGCCAUCGGAGCCAAGUAUCUCGCUCGUCAAUCCAGCAAGAUCCUCGGCCACAUUGGAGCUCGGGGAAGCUCGUAUUGGAACAUUCGUCUCAUGGACAGCAUAUUCAACUUUGACGAGAUUCGACUGCACUCAAAGCGGGCCGAAAGUCGUCAGGCUCUCGGAGAUCGGCUGUCCAAGGAACUAGGCAAGAAGGUCACGGUCCUUGAUAACUGGGAAGACACGAUCCGCGGGGCCGACAUUGUGGUAGAAGCCUCUCGCUUGUCUGCACCAGAACCCCUCCUGAAGACAGAGUGGAUUAAAAAGGGCGCCUUGGUGAUGCCCUACGGGACCAUGAGCGCCGUGGACCUGUCCCUGACCGAUAUCAUGUCCAAGGUCCUCGUCGAUGACUGGGGUCAGUGUAGAAAGGGGCUUCCGUACGGUGCGCUCCGGCAACAUGUAGAUAGUGAUAAGAUCACCGAAGAAAAUCUGCACGCCGAGAUGGGCCAGGUGGUGUGCGGCCAAAAGCCAGGCCGUGAGAGUGACGACGAAACCAUUCUGUUUUGGCAUCGGGGCCUUAGUUUGAGCGAUGUCGCGCUGGGUAUGGCUAUGUUGGAGAAAGCAAGGGAGUUGAAGAUAGGGCAAUCUCUCCGCUUUGAAUGA